AAUUAUUUGGGUUUUGAUUGAAUUUGUGAUUGAGCCUUCUGUUAUCUCAAAGUUGUACUUUCUGGUUGAUCUUUGAAAUUAGUAGUUCACUUUAUCAAUUAACACCAACAAUUAAAUCGUACGGAUUCUUUCAUCUUGCCUGCUUGAAUGUUGAUAAUCUUGAAAUUCGUCGGUGGUUGACUAAAUUUUAUAUAGGUGAUAAUAUUUACCAUGAGUAGUUUCUUUUGGAACGCUUGUGUGAAAAAACUCAGUUUCAUUCAUAUUUCCUCAUUUUUUUCGCUUUCUUGCUAUCAGAUACUAUACUAGUAUAUAAUUUUGGAGGCAUUCUUCCUCCUCCCCUGUAGAUAUUCAAUUUCAGUUUCCUUUAGUUUUCAGGACCUCCUUUGCCGUUUAAAUCAUUUGAUUGUGCUCUUAAGUAAGGUAACUAGCUUGAACUCUUAUCCGAAAUCUAUUCAGAGAAAUUAUUCUUUUUUCGAAUUAGUGAGGUUGGCUUGUAUCCAUUUUCGAAGAUGCGUGAUAGUUAAAUUAUUUUUACACCGUCAGCCCAGUGGCGUAGCCACAUUAUGCGAUUCGCUGGAAAAUUAUACUGCGUAUAUAAAUCAAAUACUAUUUUAUAUGAUCAUAUAUUAUAUUUUGAACACCCUUAAUAUAGUUGAGUGAGACAGUCUAGUGGUCCAGGGUGUUCAAAGUGAUGUGUUGUUCACGGGUUCAAAGUUAUCUGCCCAUUUUUUUCGCCAAAACUAAACAGAGACGGUACCAUGUAGUCUGUUUGACUCUUUUUCAAAUAGUUCAUACCUUUUAUCGGCAAUUUUCUUUUAUUGACUUGUUUAAAGUUUGAACACCCUUGGCGGCAUUCCUGCCAUGCUACUGCGUCAGCCUACUACAACCUUUCCUUUAACUAGUGUCGGGACCUGCAAAACACUUUGCGACAUAGUGGAGUUAGACAAACAAUAUGUUUUUGAAAAUCUUAAGUCAAGGAUCAUUUUGGUUUACUAUGGGGAUGCAAUAUGUAACGGCCAUCUUGGGAUAGAGUGAGCAGCCACCUAGUGGUGUGGUAUGCGCUGCCGGAGUAUCUCCAAGUUUCUGACUGCAAGCUCCGGAGUGAGAUGUAAAGUCGCUGUUGUUGCUAUUUGUGAAUUUUCGAGCUAUUUAAUGGCCCAGGAUACUCUUUCAAGUGCCGAUUCACCUCGAAGAAGGUCUGGCCUAUUAAGAGAUCAAGUUCAAUUGGUUAAACGAAGCAACUCUGCUCGUUAUGAGAUAGUCCCAAUUCAAGAUCAACUAUCAUUCGAGAAGGGUUUCUUUAUAGUUAUCCGUGCAUGCCAAUUGUUGGCUCAGAAGAAUGAAGGAAUUGUACUGGUGGGAGUUGCUGGUCCUUCAGGGGCCGGAAAGACCGUGUUCACAGAAAAGAUCCUGAAUGUUAUGCCUAGUAUUGCUAUCAUAAACAUGGACAACUACAAUGAUCCCAGUCGUAUCAUUGAUGGAAACUUCGACGAUCCACGCUUGACAGACUAUGAGACUUUGCUCGAGAAUAUACAUGGGCUGAAAGCGGGGAAGCCUGUUCAAGUUCCUAUAUACGAUUUUAAAUCUAGCUCUCGCGUGGGUUAUAGAACACUUGAAGCUCCAAGCUCUCGAAUUGUUAUAAUUGAAGGGAUAUAUGCUUUGAGUGAAAAAUUGAGGCCAUUACUAGAUCUCCGUGUGUCUGUCACGGGUGGAGUGCACUUUGACUUAGUGAAACGGGUUCUCAGGGACAUUCAACGUGCUGGACAAGAGCCCGAGGAGAUAAUCCAACAAAUUUCGGAAACGGUGUAUCCUAUGUACAAAGCCUUUAUUGAGCCUGAUCUACAGACAGCUCAUAUCAAAAUUAUCAACAAGUUUAACCCGUUCGCUGGAUUUCAGAACCCAACAUAUGUUUUAAAGUCAACAAAAACUGUGACUGUAGACCAGAUCAAGGCUGUGUUUUCAAAUGAACACAAGGAAAUUACAGAGGAAACUUAUGAUAUUUAUCUCCUACCUCCUGGUGAAGAUCCUGAAGCUUGCCAAUCAUAUCUUAGGAUGAGGAACAAGGAUGGAAAGUACACUCUUAUGUUUGAGGAAUGGGUGACAGAUAGUCCUUUCAUUAUAUCACCAAGAAUCACCUUUGAGGUCAGUGUACGACUUCUUGGUGGUUUGAUGGCAUUAGGAUAUUCAAUUGCGACCAUUUUGAAAAGGAGCAGCCACAUCUUCUCUGAUGACAAGGUUUGUGUGAAAACAGAUUGGUUGGAGCAACUUAAUCGUCAGUACGUUCAGGUGCAAGGAAGAGAUCGAUUAUAUGUAAAAUUUAUUGCUGACUCUCUGGGUUUGGAUGGUUCAUAUAUUCCUCGCACUUACAUUGAACAAAUUCAGCUGGAGAAGCUUUUAAAUGAUGUUAUGGCAUUGCCAGACGAUCUGAAGACAAAGCUGAGCAUAGACGAUGAUUUGGUCUCAAGCCCUAGAGAAGCUUUAUCCCGAGCCUCGGCAGAUAGGAGAACGAAGUUUCUUAAUCGUGGUAUCCCACAUACAUACUCAAUACAACGAGAAAAACACCUGUCCAAGUUGACAAAACUUGCGGUUAAUAGUAGAAGAUAUGAUGGAAGAAUUCCAGAUUCUCCAGCACCAAUGGCUAACCAGGGAGUUGUUUCUCAACUUUCAGAACAAAUUUCCACGCUGAGUGAGCGAAUGGAUGAGUUUACAUCUCGGAUGGAAGAGCUAAACUCAAAAAUAUCUGUCAAUAAAGUUUCUGCCAGCCAACAAAAUUUGGCAGUGCAUGCUGAGGCUUGCAAUGGAUCUGCACCUACUUCUCUUUUUGUGGCUGGGUUAGGCAAUGGCUCAUUGACUGGUUCUCUUUUACCUCAUUCAUCGUCUGCUUCCCAAUUGGCAAGGGAAUCUUCUCUCAUGGAAGAGGUACUUCUCAUUGGGAGAUCACAACGUCAGAUCAUGCACCAGAUAGACAAUCUGAGUAACAUCCUCCGUGAACUCAAUGGAGAAAGAUCUCGCCAAGGAAGAACGGAUAGGACCGAAGGAAUGGCUGAAGUUAUUGAAUCAAUUGCUGUUCCUCUGCUUCUUACUCUUGCUAUUGGCGGUGUAGGUAUCUUCUUGUUCAGGACCUUGUCAUCUCAAAAAUAACAUAUUCAGCUAAUGCUACUGAAACAGUUUAACUCGAAGAUGUACAUAAUAGCAUAAAUGUAUAUAAUUUUAGCCUUGUUAUCUUUGAAGAACCACAAAUACAUGAAGAGGAUGCAAUAAUUGUCUCUUGCAGAUGGAGAGAGUAUUUCUUCUUGGAUUAUUAGUGUAAUUAUAUAGUAGGGCUGGUAUUGGUGCUGUAAUCCUUGUUUAGGAUGCUUGUCCAAAUGUCUAUCUGGUCCUUGUACCCGAGAUAGCUCAUGC